AUGAAAUUCGGGACAAAAUCUUUGAUAAACGACAUUCUACAUAAUACUAGGGAGGGCACAUCUAAAAUUGAAAUUCGUAAUAUCUUCGAUAAGGGAACAUCCUACGUGAUACUUAGGGAGGGCAUAUCUAAAAAUGAAAUUCACGACAAUACUUUCGAUAAAAACACAUUCUAA